GGAGACUCUGAACCAGAGAAACAACACCAUCAAAACACUCGUCAACAAUGGCUGUUGAACUUAUGGAGACUCUCAAAGAAGCCAUCACCGGACUCUCUCUCACUACUUUCUUCACUGUUCUCGCCGCCGGUGUCACCGUCUACUACAUCGUUUCCGUUUUCUUCGGAAGAUCCUCCGAUCGCCAUCAACAACACAGCCCAAUGUCUUCCGAACAAGACAGAUCAAUAGCUUCUUCAUCCUCCUCUUCUCAGUCGAUUCCGGCAUGGAAUCAUGAGGUCUUUCUGAGUUUUAGAGGGGAAGACACCCGCAAGAACUUUGUGGAUCAUCUCUACAAGGAUCUUGUACAACAAGGAAUCCAGACAUACAAGGAUGACGAAACACUUGCUCGGGGUGAGUCAAUCCGUCCAGCCCUCUUGAAGGCGAUCCAGGAAUCACGGAUAGCCGUUAUUGUAUUCUCGGAAAACUAUGCGGACUCAUCUUGGUGUUUGGACGAGCUUGAACAUAUUAUAGAGUGCAUGGACACGAGAGGGCAAAUCGUUGAGCCCAUAUUUUAUUUUGUAGAUCCAUCGGAUGUUAGAAAACAAAAGGGGAAAUAUGAAGAAGCAUUUACAAAACAUAAGAGGGAAAAUAUGCACAAAGUUGAAUCAUGGAGAAAAGCUCUAGAAAAAGCAGGCAAUCUUUCUGGAUGGGUCAUCGAUGAAAACAGCCAUGAAGCAAAAUGCAUCAGGGAUAUUGUUGGUACAGUUUCUUCGAGGCUUUCUUCAGUAAAUACAAACGACAAUAAAGAACUGAUCGGAAUAGGGACCCGCUUACAAGAUCUUAAAUCAAAGUUGGAAAUUGGGUCGGGUAGUGUGCGCAUGGUUGGAAUAUGGGGAGUUGGGGGUGGUGGUAAGACUACUCUUGCAUCUGCUGCUUAUAUGGAGAUCUCUCACCAAUUUGAAGCUUGCUGCCUUGUUGAAAAUAUUCGUGAGGAAUCAAACAAGCAUGGUUUGAAAACGCUGCAAGAAAAAAUUCUAUCAGUUGCUUUGAAAACAACUGUGGUGGUCGACAGUGAGAUAGAAGGAAGAAGCAUGAUAAAGAGAAGGCUAUGUCACAAAAGGGUUUUAGUUGUUCUCGAUGAUGUUGAUGAUCUUGAGCAACUUGAGGCGUUAGCGGGAUCCCAUGAUUGGUUUGGUGAAGGAAGCCGGAUAAUAAUUACUACCAGAGAUAAGCAUUUGCUAUCCUCCAGGGCUCAUACAAAUAUUUAUGAAGUGAGUUUGUUAUCACAUUACGAAGCAAUCAAGCUCUUCAAUAGAUAUGCAUAUCACAAAGAUAAACCUAUUGAAGAUUAUGAGAGGCUUUCAUUGCGUGUAGUUUCUUAUGCUGGUGGGCUUCCCUUAGCGCUUAAAGUUCUAGGUUCUUUUCUAUAUGACAAAGACAAGGAUGAGUGGAAAAGUACGUUGGCCAAGUUAAAAUGCAUCCCAGAAGAGAAAGUCAUGGAGAGACUCAAAAUAAGUUAUGAUGGACUUGAACCCUACCAGAAAGACUUAUUCUUAGAUAUUGCAUGUUUCAUGAGGGGAUGGUGGUUACAAUCGUAUUUGGAUCGUGCAAUGAUGGUGCUUGAUGCUUGUAAUUUGCACCCUGUUAUAGGGUUAAAGGUGUUGGAACAAAAAUCCCUCAUAAAAGUUACAGAAGAAGGAAGAUUUGAGAUGCAUGACUUGAUAGAAGAAAUGGCCCACUACAUUGUUAGAGGGGAACACCCUAAUAAUCUUGAGAAACAUAGCAGGAUUUGGAAUUGGAAAGAUCUUGAAUACCUCUGUGACAUUGGGGCAGCUGCACCCUCAAUGGAAAAUGAAGUAUUAGCUAACUUGCCAACACAUAUCAGCCAUCCAGGUCUAUUUGAUGUUGUUGCAAACAUGAAGAACCUUCGAUGGAUAUUGUGGGAUGAACAUCCGGCAUCUUCAUUCCCAUCAAAUUUUCAGCCAACAAAGCUUCGUUGUCUAAUGUUGAGUUUGAGCCAGCAAAAAAAACUCUGGGAAGGGUGUAAGGUAGGUAAAUAUUGUAGUUUCACAAACCAUUGCAAUGCAACUGUAAAAUGAAUCAUAAAAUGAACAUAAUUAGUUAUUAGAGUUACUAAUGAGUUAAUUGCAUUUAGUUA